ACGGCUGAGAGAAGCCCAGAGCCACCAGGCUGCUCAUGUUACAGCCUCCCUCUCUGGCUGCUAUUGUCGGGUUACAAUGCGUGUGUGUGUGUGUGUGUGUUUGGUGUCGCGAGCGGCCGCGUCGCGAUUGGCUCGUCCUCCGCCAUGUGAGACGGCGUCGGGUGACGUCUCCCUGUUAAUCCCUCAUUUCUCUCUCUCUGGUUGUACUGGGAGCUGUCCGUGUUGAAAUGCACCCGCACGAUAACUUUGAGACUUUGUAAGACGUGAGGAAGGUGAGUGCCAGUUAUGAUUUUAAGUCCACAGUUGCUGAUACAACUGUUGCAUUGUUUUCAGCAGAUGUCUUUAUUGUGAGAGCUGCACAUUUACCAGCGUCGGCGGGUCAAAUUAAUAUCUUUUCUUUUAUAAUUUGCGUAAUCUGUGACGCUACUAAACGCAGCAUUGUACUCUUACCUCUAUGCAGAAGAUAAACCUCCAGGGAACACAGGAGAGAGGCUUAUAUUCCUAAGAUUAUGAACAUGCAUGUCUUUUCAUGCAGACUUUUACUCACUAUACCAGUUUGUUAAAUGGAAUGAGCCCAAACUUGUGUUUGAGUGAACUGGUUCGAGGGUCUGGGUUUUUUAGGGUUGAGAGGUGUUUGUUGUGUCUACAGCUGCUGCGCUACACAUUCCCAGUAAACAUCCAACCGUUCUUACCUCCAGGCUGGUUGAGGCUCCAAUUUAUACAAAUUAAUAUGUUGUGGCUGAGAAUUAUAAACCACAAGAUGCCUCUUGUUUCAUCCUGUUUCUACCUGCUUGUUAUAAUUCAUAAAGUCUGGUUGAACUGCAACAUGGACUAAAAAUAAAUCUCACACUCUAUUAUUUCAUUGGCACCAGUCGGUAUGACUUCAUGUUUACACCUGUAGGUCCUUAGUCCGGACCAAACUAAAGGUGCGUCAGACCUAAGAUGCAUCCAGUGACCUGUUCGUCACACAAGACGUAAAUCGACUAGAAGUUGGGAAAAGAUCAGCAUUGUAUCCCGAUAUUUAUGUGGCGAUAUUUUAUUGAUUACACUGACGGCACAUAUCGAUCUUUUACUACAUCAACUAUUAAUACUGCAAAUACAAAUUACACUCUUUGGUUUUUCAAUCCAAUCGAUGGUGCUGUGUUUUAUCUGGUGAAGUCAGUGGGAUUGGCAGGAAGUUGGUCCAAACAAGAUGUCUGCUUGACUGACGAACCCAUUUUUGCUGCGACGAAAAUGAUUGAAGUUAGACGAACCGAUAAUAAGAGUAUUGUCUGGCCUCUGGUGAUUCCUCAUCCCUAAUAUUGACGAACUCGGAUGAAGACUGAUGUGUCGCCUUUAAUACUCUGUUGAAAAGCUGCAUUUUAACACACGGCCGACCACGACAACAUCCACAUGUUCUGCUUUGAGCUAAAUGCUAAUGUCAGCAUGCUGAAAGGCUCACAGUGACGAUGCUAAUGCUGUGUACUGGGUUGUGCAGUGGUCAUGUUGUAUCAGAUUUACUGUAAUUGCAAGCUGACGACUGGAGAAGAAAGUCUACGUCUUUGUGGAAGUAAUUAGUUGGAGUUCUUUAAAGCGGUUUCAACACAGGUGGUCCUAAUUUCUUUCUUUCAUUAGGAGGAUGGUAACAUCCGUUCACCGUGAAAUGCAUCAUGAUGCACACUUUAAGCUGUUUUAACAAGUCUUUAUAUUGUGACAUGAAGGCAUGAGACGGACUUUAAAUAUCUUUCCACUGGUCAUGUGACCAGUCCUCCAGUCAGGUGAAGACGACACUCUUUUUAAGCCGUUUCUCAGAGUUGCAGGCCUUUCAUAAAACCCGUCUGUGGCCACAUGCCUUGUGAUUCGGUGUAUAAACAUCUUCCCGAAAGAAGGUAGGGCGUUUCUCAGUAAACUGUUAAACUGCGGCAGUAAAUUACUUCCUGUUGCGGUCGGCGGGGCUUUGUUUACAGUGGAGAUUGGCUCCCCGGUGACGCCAUUGAUCUUAUCUGCUGCGGUUAAAGCCACAUGGGGAGUGUUUUUUUAAUAUACAGGAGGCCGCAUUUCAACAUUAAUUACAGUGAGAAAACGCUUGUGUGUUCUGUAAUCGGCACACAGAUGAUUGUGUGAAUGUGUAAUAAUUUGCUGUUUUAUACUUUUCAUGUGAUUACUUUGGCUUCUUGCUGCUGUUGGUGACGUGGAGGAUGUCCACGGUGCUGUGACGUUUUAAUCCUCCUCCUCCGUGCGGUGGUGAAGUCGUCUUGACAAUGGGCCCCCGCUCCCUCGCUCGGGUUUCAGUUUUCCAUGGCGACGCCGUCCACAGGUUUACCGGCCGAUCCUCGUGUUCCUCGUCUGGUCUGCAGGCUGCAUGGUAACCUGGACUUGAUGCAUGGCAGUUGCAUGACCGCAGUAGGUCUUGUUGUGGGACUGAGAGCACACGGCUGCAGCCAUGGCUCAAACCAUGCACGUGAAUGGCAAUGGCUCAGAAAGAGGACAAAGAUGCCCAAGCACAGAGGACGAGAAGGACUCUGUGGCCCCCUACUAUGUUGAAACUCCCUAUGGUUAUCAGCUAGAUCUGGACUUCCUCAAGUAUGUCGACGACAUUGAGAGGGGCAACACCAUUAAGAAGCUGAGUAUCCAGAGGAAGCCCAAAGUGGCCAAACCCUUGGCGGUGCCUCGGGGCAGCACUGGCGGGGGCAGCACUCGGGCUGAAUGGACCUCCACAGACUCCCUGUCCUCCUCCAACAGCGACGACAAGCAGUCCCCAGUCUUCUUCAACGGCAGGCCCCAGGUCGCUGCGCCGCUGACCCCCUCCCUCUCCAGAGCUACCUGUGAAGCCCCCCUGCAACAAUCCUACUUGAGCAUCACGGAGCAGAAGCUGCUGCUGCCGCCUCCCUCGCCAAGGUUUGCCCCUCGUCACAACCCCCAGGUGGAGAGGACCCUCAUGGAGACGCGUCUUCGCCUCGAACAGGAGCGCCUGCUCAUGCAACCGCACAGCGAGCCAGUGAUGCCCCGCCGCCGUCUCGCCAGCUUCGGCGGCAUGGGCUCCAGCAGCUCGCUGUCCUCUUACUCUGGCUCCAUGGCCCCGAGCCAGAUCUCUCCCACCUCCCAUCACCCUCUCCCCAUCAACGGUCACCUCCCCAAUGGAGAGUACAACCUCUUCUACCCGCCAUCCAUGGGCAGCUCCAUCCGCCACAGCCCCAUGAGCUCCGGCAUGGCCACGCCUGUCACAAACGUCAGCCCGUUGCACCUCCAACAAAUCCGGGAGCAGAUGGUCGUGGCCCUCAAGAAGCUGAAAGAGCUUGAGGGGCAGGUGAAAACCAUUCCUAUCUUACAGGUUAAGAUUGCUGUUCUUCAGGAAGAAAAAAGACAAUUGGCUGCUCAGUCCAAAAAUCAAGGUCCUGGUGGCUUUCGCAAGCGCUCCUACAGUGUAGGCAGCGCCGACCAAAUGGAGAACCCGGGCCCCAUCCCAAAGGAAACGGAGCUGCACAUCAUGGAGCCCGAAGUCCAGGAACAGAACGCUCAGCGGCAGGAGGAGUUCAGACGUCUGGCCGCUGAGGUCCAAGCUCUGGAGCAGACGACCCUGGACAAUAAUGUGACUGAAACUCGGCCUCAGAAGCAAAACCAGGCCCACCAAAAGUCCAUUGGCAUAGUUACCGAUGAAAACAUGAACAGCCUUCCUGUCAAUCAGAGGACGAAUGGACAUUGUUUCCGGGAUGCUGGAGUAUCGACGGAGCUGCAGGAAAUGCGCAGCGCGGCGGUUGGCGUGACCGAGGCCAUGCUGGGCAUGACCAGUGAAGCCGAGAGGGAGAUCGAGCUCCAGCAGCAGACCAUCGAGGCACUGAAGGAGAAGAUCUACCGCUUGGAGGUGCAGCUGAAAGAAAGCACGCACCAAAUAGAGAUGGGAAAGCUUAAGCUGGAGCUCCAAGUGGCCGGUGGGUCGAACAAGAAAAAAGUGGACAAAGGUCUGAUGGCGAGGCCUGAGAUGUACAACGCCUGCGUGGAGGCCAAAGUCCAGAUGCGCAGCGUGGGAGUGGGUGAGAAUCUGGAAUCCGGCCAUGCAAACGCAGCUAAAACUCUACAAAGCCAUACUGUCGGAGUGUCCUGUCAACCCAGCGUGCAGAGUGUCGCCACAGGCCCAGAGGUCCCGAUGGACCGGUGGGUGGUGCAUGAGCGCCGGGAGGUAAACGACCAGUGUGUAGGGAGACGGGUGGAGACGUGCGACCAGCUGGUGGGCACGGAGCUGAAUGCUUGCCAGGUUGGAGUUAACACGGAGGAAUCGGUAGACAGCCUGGCUCUCUGCAAGCCCAUGACGGAGCUGAGCAAACAGUCGAGAUCAGUCGGCUGCGGAGAUUGUUCAGUGGAUGUGAUCGUCGGUCCCGUCAAGACACUGCUGUCGCAAGGAACUGACCCGGAUUACGUCAGCAAAGUCGACUCCGGUGUCAUGGCUGCUCCCGAGUCGGCAACUCGGCAGACCAAUACCGAGACGGAAGUAGCGAGCAAAUCCACCAACACGAGGACGUCCGUGCUGACCGACUCUUUCACUGAUAUGGGGCUGAUCACUUGUGACAAACACACCAACACGCCCGUGAUCGAAACGAGGACGGUCGCUGCCGGGGAAGGACUCAUCAAAGACGUGCACUCGACGGCAAAGAUGCGUUCCAUCGCUGUUGGAACCACCACAGACAUGGAGUCAUUCCUUGGCAAAUCGAGCUCUACUAAAACCAAAGAAUGUGGGGUGGGACCAGUUAGCAUCCAGGAGAACUUCUUGGUUGGAUUAAAAACCAGGAACAUAGCGUGCGGCCCCUCCCAGCCAGCUGAAUGUGUCACAAGCAGCAGCAGAGAGGCCGAGGAGGCUGAGGCUGCACCACUGCAAGCUCAAGCCCAGGCGGCCGCCGGACUGGACCACUACAUCGAGAGGGUCCAGAAGCUGCUGCAGGAGCAACAAAUGCUGCUGGCGGAGAACUACAGCGAGCUCGCGGACGCUUUCGGUCAGCCCCAGUCCCAGUUCGGAUCCAUCAACAGUCAGCUGGUCAGCACGCUCUCGUCCAUGAACUCAGUCGUGAAGUACGGAAGCGCCGAGGACAUCCUGAAGCUGCAGUCGGACUCCGUGAACGCGGACGAAGAGAUCAGUCAGCAGCUUCGUACAGAGCGGUCACACAUGGAGACGACGUCAUGCGGCCUGACUCCCUCAGAUAAACAUGCCAACACACCUGCUCAGCAGCAGCAGAUCAGCGCGGCGGAGCAGAAGAGCCGCAUGGACCUGCAGAUGUCUACAGCUCUACACGGGCAGCCGUGCCGCCAGAGCACCCUGAAGUCCAUCAUGAAGAAGAAAGAUGGCCGACCCGACUCCAACGGCACCAAGAAGAACCUGCAGUUUGUCGGGGUGAACGGAGGGUAUGAGACGACGUCCAGUGACGACUCCAGCUCGGAGGACAGCAGCUCCUCGGGGUCGGACGAGGAGGAGGAUGAGGAUGAGGAUGAGGAGAAGGAGUUCGGUGGAAACGAGGAGGGAUAUAAGAAUGUGGAGGCAAAGAUCACCAGGGAGGAGUUUCAGCCCGAGGGAGCCAAGGAGGUGAAGGAGGAGGAGGAGGAAGAAGAGGAAGAAGAAGAGGGAAGUUCAGAGAAGCAGGAGAUGAGAGUGAGGUACGAGCUCAGUGAGAAGAUGCUGGCAGCGAGCAACGUUCUCAAAUCUCACCUCAGUGACCCCAAAGCUGUGAGCAGUAAAGAUCUGAGAGCCUGCAUCAACACGGUGCAGCACGAGUGGUUUCGCGUGUCCAGCCAGAAGGCGGCGGUGGCGGCCAUGUUGGAGGACUACCUGGGGGCCUUCGGGGCCGUCUCGCCGGCCGUGCUGCGCCACAUCGUCAACAUGGCCGACGGCAACGGCAACACGGCGCUGCACUACAGCGUGUCGCACUCCAACUUCCAGGUGGUGAAUAAGCUGCUGGAUGCAGAUGUCUGUAACGUGAACCAGCAGAACAAGGCCGGGUACACGCCCAUCAUGCUGGCCGCGCUGGCCGCAGUGGAGUCGCCCAAGGACAUGCGUAUUGUGGAGGAGCUCUUCAGCAAAGGAGACGUCAACGCUCGAGCCAGCCAGGCUGGUCAGACGGGUCUGAUGCUGGCGGUGAGUCACGGCCGGAUGGACAUGGUCCGGGCCCUGCUGGCUCACGGGGCCGACGUCAACGUCCAGGACGACGAGGGCUCCACGGCGCUGAUGUGCGCCAGCGAACACGGACACGUGGAGAUCGUCAAGCUGCUGCUGGCUCAACCCGGAUGUGACGCCACGCUGAGCGACAGCGAUGAGAGUAACGCUCUGUCCAUCGCUCUGGAAGCAGGACACAAAGACAUUGCCGUGUUGCUUUACGCACACGUCAACUUCUCCAAAGCCCAGUCGCCUGGGACACCUCGACUCGGCAGAAAGACGUCACCGAGUGUCACUCGGAGGAGCAUGUUUGAUUAGAGGCCCCGCCUCUCCCCACAAACCCUGCGCUGCUAUUGGUUCACGCUGAACGACGCCUUUCCCACAGCUGGAUGGGGGACUUCAUCCCACGCACCAGCCAACCAAUGAGAUUCCUGGAAUUAUUUUUUUAUAUAUAUAUCUAUGUGCACACUCACGAGCCCAAAGUGCCCUUUUGAGUAUGAAUGUAACCAGCUGGUGCCUCCAGUCCCGUCGGAUAACAAUCAGCAAACCGACACAAAUUACACGACUAAAUACAUUUUUUUUGUUUCUUUUUUUUUGUCCGUUUCUUUAAUUUUUCUAAUUUUCUUAUGCAAUUUGACAACUUUUUUAUUUUAAAUGUCUGAAGCUCAAUGUUGAUCAUUCAAGAGCACCAAAACAUUUGUGAUUAUUUUUUCUUUUCUUUUCGGUUCGCAUCAGAGUAGAGACAGAUGGAGAAUAACCCACCCGCAUGUUAGAGGAAGUACUUCCUGUAUAUAUCGCUCGCCUCGACAUCCCGGCCUCACACAUGUGCGCCCAGCUCUCUGCAGUACAUGUGCAACUCAUGUGGAUGAACGCACCGACGAAUAGACGCUACCUAGAACUGGAGAAAUUGUACUUUUAUACGAAUCCUUUGUAUCUAUUUAAAGAGAAGAAUCACAGUAUUUUGAAUAUUUCCUAUUACUACUUAACGACCCAUGAAGUUAUAUAUUUAUCAAAGUAUAGUUUUUAAUGCAGAUAUGUAUUUCUUUGUACAUACGGUGGUCAUUAGAGUUAAGUUUCUCUCUUUUUUGUGUGUCCAUUUCCUUCCCGUCUGUCUCUGGUGUGUAAUAUACGCUGUCUGUCCUCUAGUAUCACGGUACUGACUGUCAUCCUCCAAUGAGAAGUGAAGUGCCUGAGACUUCGCCAUAUAACAAUAAACACCAAUUAAAGAAUGCAGAUCAGUG